UCUUGAUGUUUAUAACUGGUUAACUAACUAAGUUAUUUGUAAUUCGAGAGUCAAGAAGUUUUCUUCCAACAGUGAGCUCUGAUAGCUCUAAACCUAAUUAGGAAAGCAAAGAGCUUUUUGUGGUCGCGCGUGUCUCAACGCGUCUUGCAACCUUGCCAGUCCUUGGAUCUCUUCAGCUUUGUCUCACUUCCACGGAGGUUUACAUUGUCAUUCUCGAGCUACCAUGGCUCCGCGAGACGAAACCAUCCCCGACAUUCCUGACGAGCCCCCCGUCGAGGCGGAUCUGUAUGAGAUCCUGGGCGUGAAGGAAGAUGCGACCCCGGACCAGAUCAAGUCAGCCUACAGGAAGCUGGCCUUGAAACACCACCCUGACAAGGCGGCCGCCGAUGCCAAAGAGGAGGCCAGCCGACAAUUCCAGAAGAUUGCCUUUGCCUAUGCCAUUCUCUCCGAUGAGCGACGACGACAACGGUUUGAUCUAACGGGGAGCACCGCCGAAGCGGUGGACCUAGACGAGGGCUUCGACUGGGUGGACUUUUACCGGGAGCAGUUCUCGACCGCGAUCGACACCAACGCAAUCGAGAAGCUCAAGCAAGAAUACCAGGGCUCAGCGGAGGAGAAGAGGGACGUCCUCGCUGCAUUUGAGACGUACGGGGGGGAUCUGGAUCGAGUCUACGAGUCGGUGAUGCUGUGCAAUGUGCUGGACGACGACGAACGCUUCCGCGGUCUCAUCGACCAGGCCAUCGAAGACGGGGAAGUGGAGGGAUACCAGAAGUACACCGAAGAGCCGGAGAAGAAACGAGAGCAACGACUGAAGCGGGCUCAGAGGGAGGCCAAAGAGGCCGAGAAGCUAGCGAAGAAACUUGAGAAACAGAAACCUGGGAAUGACUCGAAAGCGGGGGGCAAGAAGCGGGGGAAGGGCACUACGAUGGGCGAUAAUGACUUGGCAGCUCUGAUCCAACAACGACAGGCGUCGCGUGCAGAUUCAUUCUUCGACCGGCUGGAAGCCAAGUAUAAUAACCCUUCUGGGAAGAAGCGGGCCGCGACGAUGGACGAGCCACCCGAGGAGGCGUUUGAAGCUACUGCUGCACGGCGGACGUCCAAGAAGGCAAAGUCCAAGGCCAAGAGAAGAGAAUAGCGGGGAGGCUUGAGAUUUUGGAUUAUGAGGUUUUAAUAUGGGCUUUUUUCUUUUCUUUUCUUUUUUUUUUUUUUUUUUUUUUUUUUUU